GGAGACGUCAUUCGCUCACUGGCACUUUCUGCACUAUAUCUAGCGGUUAGCUGUAUAACUCAACAGCCUACGAACAGCAAUGGGCAGCGAACUGGGAACCCUCGUCGUUGUCGUGCUUAAGGCGCGCAACCUUCCGGACAAGCACUCGUUCUACAAGCAAGACGUCUUCGCUCAGGUGACACUGCAAGGAACCACAAAGAAAACCCAGACGGAUAUCAAGGGAGGGCAGCAUCCAGUAUGGGACGAGGAGCUUCGCUUUUCCGUUGUUGACCAGGGAAAGAAGCCCAUAGUGAUGGAGGUCUCCUGCUGGUCCAAGGAGUCACGCACCGACGACGUUGUGGGCAAAGGGGAGCUCGAUAUUUCAGAGACUCUGCGUACCGGAGAGUUCGAUGGUGAGCUCGUCCUCCUCAUAGCCAUGCCUGUGCGCUGACAUUGCACAGAUUGGGUGCCGUUGAGCGUCAAUAAUGUUCAGCGUGGUGAUCUGUAUCUCGAGAUGACUU